GUUGCUGGAAUUACCGUUGCAAACUACCGGCAAGUUUGAAUGCAGUCUAUACCGAUCGUUUGAUUAAAGGACUUACUGUGUGGCAAGUCAGUUAUUAUCUGUUGAUUUCGGCUUCUGAAAAAUUUGGUUGAAUGAACAUCAGAAUAAUAGUAAAUUUUAGUUUUGGUAAAAUAUGCUAAAAGCAGUGUAGGGAAGUGACCACAAGAUCUAAAGCGCCAAUAUAAAUGGCUCCGGACAACUUAACAUCAGUCGGAACAUCGUUGGAUACUGGCAAAGGAACGUGUAGUUUCGGGCAACCUGGAUUAUGCUGGCUCAUAACACUGGAUAACGCAACAUACACUGCUACAUCCCUGGCCAGAAUUCCGUGGACGUACUACGCUUUCUGUUUUGCCAGCCUGUUCGGGAUUGGAAUCUUGAUUAUUAUCCAUGGAAUCAUUAGAACUCCACGCUACAUUUAUGGUUUGCUCAAACUGAUUUGCCGGCAUUUAUUUCUCUCGCCGAUUCCUUUUACACGAGGACUAUUAGCAUUCACUCUAAGCAUGGCCUCGUUAUCCAUCAACUUUUUUUGGCCAUACAUGUUUUCCACUGAUGAGAAACUAAACCAUCAAUGGCACUCCGCUCUGACUACAGAAGAUCGGAAGCUGGCAAGGAUAGAUUUCGCGCUUAAUAUAGCUUUGCUGGUCCUUCUGAUUUUGAAGCCCAUCAAGUUCAGACGCAGGAAGGAUGGCUGGGUGCCCUUCAUUCCAACCGGGAAGAUUUAUGUGCGUUUCUGUCGAGCUGCUGCAACGCCAUCACAACUGGCGGCCAAUGUCUUUUACCUUUUGCGGGACUGGGAAUUUGUUUCCAACAUGGCCAACCUUCCGCUGCUAUUCUAUGAAACGUGUAUUGUUGCUUGUGUUGAUUACGCCGUGCCCGGGAUGUGGAAAGUGGCAGUCAUAAGCUUACAGUUUCUUCGACUGUUUUGCUUGAUUUGGUUUUGUGAUGAAAUAAUACGCAUUUUCCCGAAUUUGCCGCUGAAGAUUGGAACGAUCAUGAGGAGAAUAACAUGGAUUGCGUGCUGCUUCCUCAGCUGUGCAGCCUGGAUUCAGUUGGUGGAAAUUCUAGGCGAUUUUUGGUUGCCCUCUUACAACGGACAACAAGAUUUGUCGUACGGGAGGGUUGUGACCUUUCUCUAUGGUAAACUGGUAUUUCUUGAUGUGACAACGCUUCAGCUACAGACGACUGCCGCCAAGGUCUCUGUGUACAUUGUUCAAGCUAUUACCUUGAUAUUUCUCGUACAAAUCAUACCGGAGAUGCUGAAGCAGUUACCGAAAAUUUUGAAAAUACGCGCAUUCGACACCGUUUAUCGAAGGAGAGACACGAAAUAUGUAGCGUUGCUGGGUUCCGUAAAUCCCAGCGCUGUGGAGAGAUUUGCAAAAAGAUUUCGAUCAACAAACCCUGGCGAAAACAUUGCAGUAUUGCUCGAACCGGAAGCAUCAGACCCUGCAACGGAGGAAAUGAAUACAGUGGCCGGAAAGUACCGGGAUAUUCUAACCGUUGUGUCUGGUUCAGUUUUCAACAAACAAGAUUUAAACAAUGUCAUUUCAAAACAUUGUCAAUGUGCAUUCUUUUUCGCUAAUGAGAGUGCGCCGAACUUUACCGUCGAGGACCACUGCAAUUUCCUGCGUGUUCAUGCACUGAAACAACACCACCCUCAAGUUAGAGUGAUUGUGAAGGUUCUUCUGUUCAACAACAAGGAGCGAUUUUACGACAUACCGAACUGGCGAAAAGAAACCCCAGAUUCUUCUGUUCAAGUCGAUGGAAUCGUCUGCACGGCCGAGCUUCAAUUUUCACUUUUAGCUCAACGUUACUUCGCACCGGGAAUAUCACAAAUUAUUUAUGAAUGGUUCUCGAAGCCAGCCAAAAAAAGAAAAGGGAUUUGGCAAAGUAUACGAAAGUACUGGAAUUCCAGUGCAGAUACAAGGCCGGGAGUAGCUGAAAAUGUCGAAAGAUGGCUCGGUCGGUCUGGUCGACAAACCAUACGCUCUAUUGUUUACCACACAUCCAUGGAAAAAUCUAUCGAUAACCGACGCCCUCGUAGUACGGCCAGCACGAAUGCUCAAGACGUGCCAAUGCAGCAAAUUCACAAUGGAGUGGCUGCAAAUGAUAAUCCUCAGACUCCUUUAAAUGAAACCAGACUUGAUAUAAACGGAACACCGACGCUGCGACCCAAAACCAUUAGACUUUACAAAGACAUAGAGGAUAAGUUCAAAGAAAAGGGCACUUUAUUCGCCGUGCUGCAGGAAGGCGUAUUUCAUUUGUAUCCUCGAGAAAACCUGAUUGUGAAAGACGGUGCCAAGCUGUUUUUUAUCACUUCAGCUUCCGUUAACCAGCUGCAAAAGACGCUGUGCAGCAAUUGCUUUGACAGCAAAAAAAUAAAACUAGGGCUGGCAUGCGAUCAACCUGAUAAGGAUCUCGUGACACUGCCCAAAUCCAGCACCGGAAACAUGAUUCCGUGGCUGAAUACUACGACUGCAGCGAUGGAGGAAAACAAACAUGAAAUAUGGGAUCCAUCCGGACAGUUUAGACACUACCAGUCGCCCAAACGAGCCAUUCCGUUAAAGUGUGCGGACGAGAAAGACAGUGAACUGUCAACACUGGAACAUCACGUUGUAAUUUGCGUUAUCUCGGACAGCAGCUCAACGAAUCCUAUUGGACUCGUUAAUUUCAUUAAACCGCUACGCAGUAUCCAUGCAGUACCACCGGUCGUUGUCAUACUGGGCGAUGCCGAGUUCUUAAUUGCAGAGUGGGAUAGUCUGUCCGAUUUCCCUAAUAUCUUUCCAGUCAAGGGUACCCCAUUAAGCGAUAACCACCUUCGAGCCAUAAAUGUUCAAGCUAGCCGAAUGUGUCUGGUGGUCGAUGCCAGCGAGCGUCCCAAAGAGGAAUCGGAAAAAUGGAGCCAGUCGGCCAAUGCGGACUUGGUACUGCCGAUACUCCCUAAACAUUUUUACCGGCAUGUCAAUGCAGUUUUAGCAACUGUGGCUAUCACAGAAUAUUUAAAACGAUCGUCUGAAAGAAAAGAUCCCUUGAUCGAACAUUCCCUGAAGGUCAUCGAAGAGAUACUGAAGAAAUGCAACGUUCUUGAAGGCGAACUACAAAUAGAGGCUGCGUUGUCAGUAAAAGCGCAGCUUAAGGCAUUCCGAAUGCAUCGAGACCAGUCCACCGAAAAGACACUGCUGGAAAUGAAUAAUCUUUUGGAAGCUACCGAGGAAGCAAGAAGCGAGCUCUUGGAAUUUCUGAAAAGAAUUCGCCAGGCAAGUGAUGCCGAGACCGUAAUGCAACGGCUCGCAACAGAAUUGUGUCAAGGCGUUGAAGCAGUGCAACCAGAUGCCACAGCGGAGUUAAAGGAAAUCGUAGAAACAUAUCGAAGGGAAAAUCAGCGAAUCGUUCAAGAAGCUACUGAAAGGGUACGCGCGUUGAUACAGACAGUCAAGCCCCUCAAAGUCCGUCACCACGAAGACGUCACUGACUUUAUCCUUAGCUUUUCUAACAUCACACCAACCAGGCAGACCAUCGAGUCAGCCAUCCUGGAUUGUUUCAGUAAACCCACAGCAACAGAUCCAUUACCGGAACAUUUAAUAAAUGAUGUGAGCGGAGCCUUGCAACAUCGAAACCAAAGGGCUAACACGCUCGAGACCGGAUACCACAAUUUACUGGUAACGCUAUGCGGAAAUAACGAGGCUGUAAUUCAGAAGGCUGAAACACUUCUAAGGGGAAUACGAUGUGUACAUGACCCAACGCAAGAAAGAUGCACUAAAAUUAUGGAAGACUUUACACGAUCAUGUGGCAAGAUGUCGGAAACGUCGCACUGGAAGUUACUGCAGUUGGUUGAAAGAUUCCGCGAAGAGAAUUUCGAUUCUCUUCAAAACUGUGCCGAACAGAUUGGAGGGAUUAUAAUAAAUCCGUUUUCCGAGGAAGCAAAGUUCGAGCUAAUUCGGUUUUUGAAGCAAUUUCGGGAAACUUGCGAUCCGCUACCGGAGGAAAUCCUUACUUGCAUACACCACGAAGCGGUUGGCCUUAUCUCGUGGAACCAAACCGGAAACGGACACUCAGCGAAUCCGAAAGUGUUGGCUGACUGCACCAUGCCCACUAUUGUCGACGCUUUCAUGCUCAAAUGUUACGAAGAUAAAGACAUUUUUGAUGCUGUGCGCCUGCUUCUGUUAGGAUGUUACUGCGACACUCCAAAACAUUACCCGGAAAAGCGUGUUAGCGGAUAUCCUUAUUUAGGAAACCAGGCAGCAUUAAGCAAACUGACUUUUAGUUCCACCCUAUACAGCACCAGACGAAUUUGGAGAGGAUUGCGAAAGUAUAAUCCAUUGUCGGCUGAUGUGGAUCGCUGCCCACUAAACGGCCAACCAGAUACCAACGAAAAAGCUGAACUGAGCAACGGCGAAACCCUGCAAUCUUUAUCUCAGACCUUAAAACAAAAGAAUCUUUUAAUUCUUGCUCCUGAAGCUUCCUGCCUCAAGAGGAAAGCUCGGAACAAUCAGCACUAUUUUGCCCUUGAACGACCAUUCUACGUCGUGGCGCGCCAGAAGCUGUUUGCGAAGAUCCUUGUCUCGUUUAGCUCGGAUCUCGAUGAAAAUGCGGAUAAAGUUCUUUCGCUAGAAUUUUUACCUCCUUACAUUUUAAAAGCGGUUGCGGAGAAGAAUUCAGGGCUACCGAAAAAGUUCAGCACCUAUCAUCAUCAGGACUGGUUCUUUGCGUAUUACAGGGUUAUGGAUCAGGCUGCUAAAAGUUCUACAAGCAUACCAGCGGCUAUGAAAGCAGCCUUUGGAGAAAUGAGUCCUGAUCCUGCGAAAUAUCACAAAGCGACUGGACUGCCUAAGCUACCAAAGUCGGUUUUAAGUUUUGUUUUGGCCACAUAUUACCAUAAAAAGCUCAGUCAGAAACCCUCUCCAGAAUCAACAAUACCAGCCAACGAAUUUUUCUAUAAACGAAAUGCGCCGGUAGAAGCAGACCAAAUAACUUGGAAUGACUUAGCGCUCCUUAAGUGGAAUGAUUGACUGUGAACUUCUUAAAUCAUGCUAAUUGAUUUUGCAGUAGAUUUGGCUGAUAACAUCAGGACGUAUCCGUUUCCUAAGUGAAAACGCAACCACUUAGCUGAUU